GUAGGGGGCCCAGAAGGGGGUGAACAUGGCGAGAAAGUGCGUGUGGAGCGCGCGCUUGCAUCUGUGCGUAACGCAACUGCCUCCGGCGUCCCCGCCCAAACGUCGAGUGGAUUUGGAUGGAGGACGCCAUGCGGCGUGCUGGGGCAUUGGUCCUCUUGGCCUCUAUCUUUUGCUCCUCAUCAGCAGGGGGCGCCGGCGCCGGGGUCUCCGAGCGAGCGAGAAGACGGCCGCCGAGGCAGACGCUUUUGUCGUCGUCGUGGAGCUCAGGAAUCUGCCUGAACGGAGGAACGUCCGUCCCCAGCCUGACGACGGGCCGACACAUGUUCUGCUUGUGUACCGACGCUUUUGAGGGAACCUUCUGCCAGACGGGUGAGAACGCCAGGGAGGGGUCAGGACCUCGCUCGCUCGCUCGCGAUUGGACGCCACAGAAGGGCUCGGGCUGCAAUCGCUGCAAUAACAGGCGAGCGACACUUGGGUUUCGAGUGGAGCCGAACCGCAUCGCAUUGGCUGCCGCAGACGGACAGCGCCUGGCCCGCUUGCCCGCUUGCCCGUGUUUGACUUUCGGAUGCCAUUACGUGUCUAACGUGGCGGCGUCUGUCCCAGCGGCAGCUUUCCCGGCGGCUUCCGGCGCCGACUGCUACGAGGGCGUGGGGCUUUACUACCGAGGCUUCCGGUCCCAAUCGGAGAGCGGUCGCCCGUGCGAGCGCUGGGACGCCGACACCAGGCGACGCUACCUGAGCUUGGACGUGGACGGCGGGAGACACAAUUACUGCAGGAACGUGCGCUUCAAGCGCCGCCCGUGGUGCCACGUGUGGAAGGAGCAGCGGCUGACUUGGGAAUAUUGCCACGUUCCUUCAUGCGCCUCGCUGCAACCGUUGGUGUUGGCAGCGCCCACCGAGGCCCCCGGCACCACACCUGCAGGUAAGCCCCGCCCCCCAUCUUUUCUCGUUCACGGAUUCCCGAGUGACGGCCGGCUGGCUGGCGUUGUUGUGGUGCCAGCAAGCGCUCGGCCCCCGCGGAGCCCCCCGUCCGCGUGGGCCAGGUGCGGGCGUCGUUCUCGCCGCAAGCAGAUGCGUAUCGUGGGCGGAGCGGCGGUGCCGGUGGAGUCGCAGCCGUGGCUAGCCGCCAUCCUGUGGCGCGGCAAGUCCAAAGAGAAGGUCUUCCGCUGCGGGGGCAGCUUGAUCGCCCCCUGCUGGGUCCUCAGCGCCGCUCACUGCUUUCCCGACGGGGCGCGCGCCAACGAGCGGCGCUUCCUGGUGGCGCUGGGGAAGAGCGCCCUCAACCGGAGCGAGGCCCUGGAGCAGUUCUUCCGCGUGGACAAAAUCAUCUUGCACCCCGACUUUGACAACGAGCGAGGCAAUUACGACAACGACAUGGCGCUGCUCAAGCUGACGCCCAAAGCAAACGGCCGCUGCGCCCGGGAGAGCGCCGGGGUGCGCCAGGUGUGCCUGCCCACCGCCGAGGGCCGCCGCGACCUCCCCGCCGGCUUGCCGUGCGAGAUCGCCGGCUUCGGCAAAGAGAAGCACGGCCUGUGGUACCACUCGCAGCUCCUGCGGCAGGCGCACGUCAACCUGUUGGACGCCGGCGUGUGCGGCGCCGCCGAUCAUUACGGGGACAAGAUCACGGACAACAUGUUGUGCGCCGGCCGGGAAGACUGGACACAGGACGCCUGCGAGGGCGACUCGGGCGGUCCUCUGGUGUGCCAAGUGGACGGGCGUUUCGUGGUGGUGGGCGUGGUCAGCUGGGGUGAAGGCUGCGCCCGGCAGCGCCGACCCGGAGUCUACGCCAAAGUCCGCAACUACAGGCAAUGGAUCCGGCAGCACGCCGGCGUUUGACCACCGGGGCGGCGACACCUCCAAUUGCUCAAAUUCUUUCGACACGACUCCGUUUUUCAAGCCAUUUACCACUUCAAAGUGUGCUAGCUCCCUCCGCCUACGGUAUUGUUUCGAGAAUUAGCGUCCUAUAGCCAGCCCAUCGAGAGGACAGUCAAAUCGGCGUGCAGUUCGGUGCUUAACCUGAAGAUGGCGGCACAGCGCACACGUAGAACACCCGUUGAGCAGCCCUGAAAAGUGGAUUUGGGGAGGACAAACACCACCCCAUUUCAAUUUCUUUCAAAGUCGGAUAUAUUGUAAGACUUGACCAUUUUUUGUUCAAAACUGUUCAUUAGAUUAUUGUUUUUAUCCCAAACUCAAGACCAGCUUUUUUGACAAUACAAAAGGUUGAAGUAAAAGUUUUGAAACCUU